AUGGUGAGACCGUCUCGUCGAGCCCAGGCUCAGGCUCAAGGCCAGAACCAGAACCAGACUCCCCAGCUAGGUCAAACUGCUCCUCAGAAUCAGGCCCAAGGCACCAACCGUCCUGGCCGCCACAUCUCUGGACCACAAUCGGCUUUGACUGACUACCUUGCUGCCCACAACAUCUCUGCAAACCAGAUUCGUCGGGAUGCUGACCAGCGCCGUGCUGCUGCUGCCGCCCAGAACCAAGCAAAUGAUGACAAUGGCGAUGAGGAUGAUGAGGUCGGCGGCCCCUCAACAGAGCCUGCUGAGACUGCCCAGUCUAGCCGCAAUGAGACCACAGCUGAGAGGGAGAAGCGUAAGAAGAAGGAGCAAAUGGCCAUCGCCAAGAUCAAGGCCUCCAAGGCCUUCAAGAAGCGGAAGCGCAACGCCGUGGAUUCUGAAGACGAGGACGACAUAGCACGCGCCCUACUCGAUCAGAUGGCUCAACCCUUGCCAGGCCAGAUGGAUAACUGCGCCAUUUGCAAGAAGCGCUUCACCGUCACCGCCUACUCGCUGAGCGGUCCCGAGGGCGGUCUGCUCUGCGCGCAGUGCAGCAAGGAGGAGGCUGCCAAGAAGGGCAAGGGCAAGCAGAAGCCUCGCAAAUCCGUUGGCGGCCAGGGCAAGCGCCGCAAGGUCCAGAGCAAUAUCCUCGACGGCACGUACCAGACCGGCGCCAAGAACUUGACCAGUCUCUGCAUCGAGACCCUGGCCAAGAACGUCGACCUCGCCGACAGCUUGGGCGAUCUGCCGGACAAAGUGGUGGACAAGAUUGCGCGACUCUUCUCCAAGCGUCGACUGCUCAAUCCGGAGACUCUGCCACUGUUCGUGCAGCCGUCGACUACGGUCCUUCACAUCUACGACGGUGCCAAGCUGGGCUCCAACGAAUUCGAGAGCAUUUUUCAGACGGCACCUAACCUCAAGAGAUUCAAGGCUCGCAACUCUAUCCAGUUCAAGGAUGAGGUCAUGGACUAUCUUCUGAGCCGCGAUAUCAAGCUUACGCACUUCAACCUUCACGGCGCCAACCUUCUCAGUGACGAGAGCUGGUUCAAGUUCGUCAAACAGAAGGGUGCGCAUCUGGAAGGCAUCCAAGUCUACUACACGGACAAGCACGUUGGAGACGAGCUGCUCGUCCUCCUCCCAGAGCACUGUCCCAACCUGAAUCGCCUCAAGGUCUACCACAACCAAAAGGUCACCAACGUUGGCGUCAAGGCAAUCGCCAACGUCAAGUCCCUGAAGCACCUCGGCCUUCACCUGCAGCACGAUAUCACCCCCAAGAGCCUGUCCCACAUGAUCCUCGGCGUCGGAAAGGACCUCGAGACGCUUUCACUGAGAAAGAUGCCCACCGCCAACGACGAGGUGUUGACUGCCAUUAAGAACACCUGCCGCUCUUUGAACAAGUUCCGCAUUACCGACAGCGAGCACAUGACGGACGAAGGCUUCGCCGACCUCUUCAGCGACUGGGAGAAUCCCGGUAUCGAGAUCAUGGACCUGCAAAAGUGCCGACACCGCGACUCGACCAAGCCUCGCGAAAACGAGGACGGCAUUGGUCUCUGCUCCGACGGAUUCCGCGCCCUAAUGAAGCAUUCCGGCAAGAAGCUCAAGAAUCUCAAUAUCCACGCGUGUCGUCACAUCAAGCGAGAGGCAUUCGAGGAUGCCUUUUCUACCGCAGACCAGUACCGUAACCUCGUCAAGCUCGAGAUCAGCUUCAUCGAGGAUGUGGAUGACUUCGUUCUGGGACUCAUCUUCCGAAGCUGUCCCAACAUUCGCGAGAUCAACGUCUUUGGCUGCAUGAAGGUCAAGGAUGCUCGGGUCCCGAGAGGCAAGGUCUUGGUUGGUGUUCCAAAUGCCAUGGGAAUGGUCAUCGAAGGUCGUGAGGAUUAA